AUGCCAGUUGCUCCAGGACGCGUCGGAACAUUGACGGAUGAGCAGAGCGAGAAGCUACGAGAGAUGUGGGCUGCUGCAUUCAAGGUCUUUGGCCAAACAGUCUCGAAUACAAACUCCGCAGCUUCCUCACCGGGAUUGAAGCCGCCUAGUACUGGCGAGGCGAACGGGUCACCUGUGUCGUCCGUGAGCAAGCGUGGAAGGUUCGCGCGUAUGCUUUCGCGGACAAAGUCAGAAGCGAGUCUACAAGAGACCAGCACCGCGAAUACUGACAAGUAUGGUGCGUCGGCAGCGUACAAGGAAGCAUUGGCUCAACAGAGUCCAGCUGAAAUACGCCAGACUUUCUGGAGUAUGGUCAAGGCGGACCAUCCUGAUGCUUUGCUUUUGCGUUUCCUGCGUGCACGCAAGUGGGAUGUGCAAAAAGCACUCGAGAUGAUGAUUGCAACGAACCAUUGGCGAGGCAAAGUGAUGGAAGUGGAAAAGAUUGUUGAACGUGGAGAGGCAGGAUUCUUGGAAGAUGGAGACGAAGCAUUCAUGUUGCAGGUGCGAAAGGGCAAGUCCAUCUUGCAUGGCACAGAUGUAGAAGGCAGACCCAUCUGUCUUGUACGGAGUCGCCUGCAUCGACCGGCUGAGCAGUCUGCAAAGACGAUGGAGCAAUUCACAGUACUGACUAUGGAAACGGCGCGACUCAUGCUACGCGGACCCAUCGAUACUGCUACUGUCAUCUUUGACCUAAAUGGCAUUGAGGCCAAGUAUAUGGAUCUCACACCUGUUCGCUUCAUCAUCAAAUGUUUCGAAGCGCAUUACCCUGAAUCAUUAGGAACAUGCUGCAUCUAUGGCGCGCCAUGGUUCUUCCGUCCGAUCUGGUCUAUUGUCAAGGGAUUGCUAGAUCCCGUCGUCGCUGCCAAGAUCAAGUUUGCAAACUCACAACAAGAGCUGUCGGAGAUCAUUCCACAAUCAGACAUCAUCAAAGAGCUUGGUGGACCGCGUGCUUGGGAGUACGAGUACAUAGAGCCCGUUGAGGGCGAAAAUGAUCGGCAAAAGGAUACAGCGACAAGGGAUAGGCUCAUUGCAGAGCGUGGCGAAAUUGUGGACAAAUUCGUUGCGCUGACACAGCAAUGGGUUGCUGGUCAACAGGACGAGAAGAGUGAGGCGGACCGGCAUGCAGUAGCGAAAGAGCUCGAGCAAGACUACUGGAGGUUGGACCCCUACGUUCGUGCAAGAACGCAUUACGACCGUGUUGGAUAUAUCGAAUCAGAUGGUGCCUAUAAUCCUAGAGCGACAUUUCCAUCAUAG